AACCUUGCUUCAAAUAAAUAUGUUGUGGUUGUUGUGCAUUAUAUUUAUCUUAUGUGCUCUCUGAUAAUCUUUUUUUAAAAAGGCAUGUUUGUAGACUCUUGCUGGAACCACAGAUGAGAAAAGCUAUGUUCACAGUAAGUUUAGGUGUGGGAGCAGAGCUCUGCAUGCAUGAGUCACAGUAAACAUACUCUGUUCUCACAGGAAGAGCAGACAGAAACAAUCUACUCUGCCUUCAUGUAAAACCCUGAAUCUUUCAAGAGCUUUAAAAGAAGAAUGGAUACCUCAGAGGAACACUAUUACGACUACCCCGAGUAUGAAAACAACAGCUCCAACUUCAGCUAUGAUGACUAUCAGACCAUCUGUGAGAAGGGUGACGUGCGCUCCUUUGCGAGGAUCUUCCUCCCAGCGGUUUUUGCGUUAUGUCUUGUGAUUGGAUUAGCAGGCAAUGCUCUGGUUGUGGCGGUGUAUGCAUACUGCAAGCAACUGAAAACGAUGACUGACACAUUUAUACUUCACCUGGCUGUGGCAGACCUUUUGCUGCUCCUAACGCUGCCCUUCUGGGCUGCCGAUGCCGUCCACGGGUGGGAACUCGGGGUCACUGUCUGUAAACUCGUGUCUGCCCUAUACACCAUCAACUUCACCUGCAGCAUGAUGCUGCUGGCCCACAUCAGCGUGGAUCAGUACUUGGCUUUGACACCAGGAGCCAGAUACAAAGGCAUUAUGCGUGUUUUUCAAAAGAAGCAUUGUGUAAAACUCUGUUUGGGGGUCUGGACCACUGCGUUUUUUCUUGGCAUCCCUGAUUUGGUGUUGUCAACAGUCAGAGAGCUUCCUCAUAAAAAAAGCUGCAUUGCAAUGUAUCAAUCAGACAUGGCGCUCAGGGCUAAAGCUAGUUUGGAAGUGGUGGAGAUCAUUAUAGGCUUCCUGCUACCUUUAUUAGUGAUGUUGUUCUGCUACACCUGUGUAGGUCGAGCCCUACUGAAGCUCCCUCACGAGAGGAGGUGGAGGAAGUGGAGGUCCAUCCGUGUGCUGUUGGCGAUGGUGGGAGUCUUUGUGGUCACGCAGUUGCCCUAUAAUGUGGUCAAGUUCUGCCGGGCUAUGGACAUCAUGUACAUGUUUGUGACUCACUGCAGGGUUAGUAAGGAGCUGGACAAGGCUACUCAGGUCACAGAGAGUCUGGCAUUGACACACUGCUGCCUAAAUCCUGUUCUGUACACUUUUGUCGGUUCCUCCUUCAGACAACAUGUAUUGAAGUGUGCCAAAGACUUUGGAGACAGGGGGAGGAGGUUGGCACGUACGAGAGAACAACAAGAAGUGGAUAUCUCCUUGAAUUCUCAUUCACAGUCCCAAGAGACCAGCACUUUUUCCAUUUGAGCAAACUGAAGAGUAGAUGUUUACUAGCCUGGAGCUUUGCACCAACUGCUCCUUUGCAAAAUAUGUACACAUUUACAGGGAAAAAUUAGUGAAAACAUAAGGCAGUAUUUUGACCAAAAUUCUAGCUUAAGUAAAGGCUGCGUUGCAAGAUGUCGAUAGUUGGGUUUAUACGAAAUGAACAGGAAAUGAACAAACCCACGGAAGGAUAUGAGAGAUAUGAAAAUAGAGCCGGACUACUAGCGGACUGAUGGCGAGUUCCAGUCCUCCUUUAUAAGCUGAUGAGUUCAAAUGACCAUGGUCAAAGCACGGUGUCUUUUUUCCCUUAAUAGUCAACAAGAUUUUUAACUCUACUUUUACAAAAUCAUGAAUAAAGAAGAGUUUCCACUCUUACAGUAAUUAUGACUUUGUGUGCGACUUUGUGAUGUUCAUGUCCAACUAAUAAAUACGCCCUUUCCCACA